ACAGCUGGGUUUGGCUGGUGCUCGUAGAAACGCGUGCGCGCCGACGCUGGUUGUCCGGCUGUGGCCCAGCGUCCAGUCUCUGAUUCCGUGCCGGCAGAACGAGUGUCACCAUAGCAACAGUGCGACGGUUCGUGUGAGAAAUAAAGAUGACCUAAAAGAGAGACUGAAAAAUGUUAAGGUCAAAAACCCACAAGUCGAGUACGUCAGGAUUCUGAUUGUUGGAGCAGUUGGAGCAGGAAAGUCCAGCUUCAUAAACUCAGUUAAUAAUGUUUUCCAAGGACGAAUCACCUGUGAUGCUCUUACUGAUUCAACAGCUGGAACCUCGUUUACAAAAAUGUAUAAAACCCAUCAGAUUGAGGAUGAGGAUGGUUUGCCUUUGGCCUUUGUCUUUAAUGAUGUCAUGGGACUUGAACCAGACAAUGGGGUAAAAAAAAGUGACAUCAUCAACGCCCUACAAGGGUAUGUCAAGGAAGGAUACAAAUUUAAUACUACAUCCCCCCUGACAAAGACAGACCACGGUUACAGAAGUGACCCGAGUCUUGAGCAGCAGACCUUCUGCCUGGUCUACGUUAUGGCAGCAAGCACUGUGUCAAUGCUGGAUGAUAAAGUCAUUACGCAGAUGAAACACAUCCGUGAAGAAGCUUCUACAUUAAACAUGCCUCAAGUGAUCAUCAUGACGAAACCAGAUGAAGCCUGUCCACUGGUUAGCAAAGACAUAAGGAAGAUCUACACAAGCAAGAAAAUCAAGACAAAGAUGGAGGAGUGCAGGAAUCUGCUGGGUGUUCCCAUGAAUCACAUCUUCCCUGUGAAGAACUACCACGAGGAAGUGGACACAGACGACGACAUGGAUCUUCUGAUCCUCAAAGCGCUUGAUCAGAUCGUGUACAUUGCCAACGCUGCACAGAAGAGAAGAGCCCCCAGUCAUGACCGUGAGUGAGGACUCUUGAGAUGCUGCGAGAUGCUGCGAGAUGCUGUUGUUGCGAGCAUUUAUUUAGUGGCAUUUGUUAAAUCUCUUUUGGUGUUUGGUGUUUGUUGAACAUAAGCUAGAAUUUAUUAUAUGACAGACAGUAUAAACAGUAUUAUUAAUUACUGUAAGUAAAAAUGCUUUAAUUUAAUUUAGUUUUCUUUAUGCCUACAUAUGAUGUUAUUCAGAUGUUGUGGAUGUUUAUUAGUAAUUUUUUGAUGCAUCUUUAUUUCUAUUAUAUAUCAUUAAAAUAUAUUUUUACA